AUGGCUGCUUUGGGAAUUCUUAGCUAUGAACAAAGACCUCUGAAAAGACCUCGCCUUGGACCACCUGAUGUCUACCCACAGGACCCUAAGCAGAAAGAGGAUGAACUAACUGCAGUGAAUGUGAAACAAGGCUUCAGUAACCAGCCGGCCUUUUCUGGAGACGAGUAUGGAUCGGCCAGGAACAUUGUCAUUAACCCAUCUAAGAUUGGAGCAUACUUCAGUAGUAUUCUUGCUGAAAAGUUGAAACUAAACACGUUUCAAGAUACCGGAAAGAAAAAGCCACAAAUUAAUGCCAAAGACAACUAUUGGUUGGUGACGGCGCGUUCUCAGGGUGCUAUCCACAGCUGGUUUACUGAGCUUGCUGGUAACAAACACCUGACUGUUUUAGCUAAGACGGUACCUAUACUUAGUAAAAAAGAAGAUAUAUUCGGCUACCUGGCCAAAUAUUCAGUGCCACUUUUACGGGCUGCCUGGCUGGUGAAGAUGACCUGUGCAUACUAUGCUGCUAUUUCAGAAGCUAAAAUAAAGAAACGUCAGUCAACUGAUCCAAAUAUAGAAUGGACUCAGAUAUUAACUAAAUAUCUUCGGGAUCAAUUGGUAAAGAUUGCUGAUUUUUAUCAUGCAAGCUCCAGCCAACAGUCUCAAUCCAACAAUCCCUUAGUGGUAACACAGGAUAUGGAACAGGCCUUAAAGCAAUGGGAAUACAAUGAGAAAUUGGCAUUUUACAUGUUUCAGGAAGGUUUGUUAGAAAGACAUCAAUACUUAACAUGGAUGCUGGAAGUUUUGGAAAAAGUCCAUCCAUUGGAUGAUGAACUUCUGAAAAUCCUAUUACCGCUUGUUUUGCAGCACUCUGAAGAAUUUGUACAAUCUGCGUACUUGUCACGGCGCCUUGCCUAUUUCUGCUCCAGGCGCCUUUCUGCUCUGCUGAGUGAUUGUGCAAGUUCUGCCAAUGCGCAUGCCUCCAUUGCAAUGAUGGGCACAAACAAUCCUCCAAUAUCUGCUCCGAGUCCUAGUACUACGGGACCAGUCGUCAAUUCUGCCCAUCUGCCCUGUGCUGAUUUUCAGACAUGUCCCCAACACCGCCCAUUAGUAUAUGGUCUUAGCUGCAUGCUACAAACUAUCACUCUCUGCUGUCCAAGUGCCUUGGUGUGGAACUAUUCCACAAAUGAAAGUAAAAAUACAAAUCCAGGUUCUCCACUGGAUCUUCUUCAGGUUGCCCCAUCCAGCCUGCCUAUGCCUGGUGGAAACUCACUGUUUAAUCAACAGGUUCGAGCUAAGGUUUAUGAAGUUGAACAGCAGAUUAAAGUAAGAGGUCAGGCUGUGGAAGUCCGGUGGUCAUUUGAUAAGUGCCAAGAAUCAGCUGCAGGUGGUACUAUUAACAGAGUUUUGCACACAUUGGAAGUUUUAGAUCGGCAUUGUUUUGACAGACUGGAUUCCACUAACUCUUUGGAUACCUUGUACUAUAAGAUAUUUUGCAUAAAUCAAAAUAAGGACAGCCAGGAGGUGCCUCCUAGUGAUGAAGCAGUGAUCACUUUACUUUGCGAGUGGGCUGUGAGCUGCAAGCGGUCUGGAAAACACCGAGCAAUGGUGGUGGCUAAGCUUCUUGAAAAGAGGCAGCUGGAAAUAGAAACUGAACGAUGCAGUGACUCAGAAGUCUUGGAUGAGAAGGAAUCUAUCUCUUCUACAUCUCUUGCUGGAUCCAGCUUGCCAAUCUUCCAGCAUAUCUUACUCCGAUAUUUAGAUUCUCAAGCUCCAACUCUCAGUGACCCAAAUGAUGAACACGAGAAAACAGAGUUUAUAAAUUUGGUUUUACUCUUUUGUGAGUUUAUCCGCCAUGAUAUAUUUUCUCAUGAUGCAUAUAUGUGUACUCUGAUAUCACGUGGGGACUUGUCAGUCAGCAACCGAUCUCAUUCACCAAAUCUGGAACAUUUAGAUGACCAUUACACUAAAGAUCUCAGUGUCAAGCUGGAGGAACAAGGCUUGGGAGACCAAAUGGGGAUGGACUCGGGCGCAGCCCACCUCUUUGACGACAUUGAGAAAAAUAACUUCAAAACAGACUUUGGCUCAGAAUUUCCAAUAUUUUCGCCGGUGUCUGGAGACCGCCAUAAUUACGACUCUCCAUCACUUCAAAGAAGAGUUUCAGCUUCAAGUGAAAAAUCAGUAAAACAAGAAAUGAUUUUCCCUUCUACUUACGAGCUUCUACGCCAUUUCCAGUAUGCAACUCACUUUCCCAUUCCUCUGGAGGCAUCAUCAAGUCAUGAAUGUAACCAGAGAAUGAUUUUACUAUAUGGAGUAGGAAGAGAAAGAGAAAAGGCCAGACAUCAACUUCGGAAACUUACUAAAGAUCUCUUAAAGAUUCUGAAUACAAAUGGCACAAGUGAAUUUGCUGUUGGAGAUGAUGGACAACGGAUGAGAAAGAGCAAGCAGGAGUCACUUCCAAGUCUAGAGAGUACAUUUUCUAGGCUGCAGCACUUGUCCUACUUUGAUCAACAUCAUGUAACAUCCCAGGUAUCUUGUAACAUGCUGGAACAAAUCACAAGCUUCGCUUCUGGGACUUCUUACCACCUUCCUCUGGCUCACGAUGUCCAACUUAUAUUUGAUAUAAUGGAACCUGCCCUCAACAUCAAUGGUCUCAUUGAUUUUGCUGUACAGCUCCUAAAUGAACUGAGCAUGGUGGAAGCAGAGUUACUGUUGAAAUCAUCGAGCCUGGCAGGAAGUUACACAACUCGCCUCUGUCUGUACAUUGUGGCCGUGCUCAGGCGGUAUCAUCCAUGUCUAAUUUUAAAUCCUGAGCAAACAGCACAAGUUUUUGAAGGAUUGUGUGGUGUGGUCAAGCAUGUUGUCAAUCCAUCAGAAUGCUCCUCUCCAGAACGCUGUAUUCUGGCAUAUUUGUAUGACCUCUAUGUAUCAUGUAGUCAUUUAAGGAUUAAAUUUGGAGAUCUAUUCAGUAGUGCUUGUUCUAAGGUAAAGCAGACAAUAUACAGCAGCGUGCAGCCUUCCAACUCUAAUGUGUUGUGGGAUCCAGACUUCAUGGCAGACUUUAUAGAGGACCCUUCUGUUCACAAUAUUAACCACAUGAUGCUGGGAAAGAUUCUCAGUGAAAAUGCAGCAAAUCGCUACAGUUUUGUAUGUAAUGUCCUCAUGAAUGUUUGUAUGGGGCACCAAGAUACAGAAAGGAUCAAUGAUAUAUCUAACCUGUGUGCUGAGCUGACGGCCUGCUGUACCAUAUUGAGCUCAGAAUGGUUGGGAGUCCUGAAGGCUCUCUGUUGCUCCUCCAAUCAUGUGUGGGGCUUCAACGAUUUACUCUGCAGCGUGGACGUUAGUGAUCUCUCAUUUCAUGACUCUCUGGCCACUUUUGUUGCUGUUCUAAUUGCACGGUAUUGCUUUUCAUUGGAAGAUGUGGUUCAGCACGUUGCUCUUCCAUCUCUACUGGCUGCAGCUUGUGGGGAUCCAGAUGCUGAACCAGGUGCCAGAAUGACAUGUCGCCUCCUUUUACAUCUGCUGAGAACACCAAAGAUCAGCACAUAUGGAAUGACAAAUGGGAAACUUGCCCCUGGAUUGUGCUUUUCAUGUGACAGACAUCUUUUGGCAGCUGCUCACAACAACAUUGAGGUGGGAGCUAUAUUUGCAGUCCUAAAGGCUAUCCUGAUGCUGGGAGAUGCUGACAUUGGUAAUAGUAAUAUCAGCUCUUCUAGGCACAUCAAGACUGAUAUGAUGGAUCAUCCAUUAGAUGAAAGGGUUCCAGAGUCUCAAUCAAGUCUACAAUCAUCUGGAAAGCCAUUUGCUAUUGAGACGGCUAGCUUAAGCGAGUACGCCAAGUAUGUUUUGAGAACGAUUUGUCAACAGGAGUGGGUUGGAGACCACUGUUUGAAAGAACCAGAGAGGCUAUGUACCGAUAAAGACCUCAUCUUGGAUCCUGUCCUCUCAAAUAAACAAGCACGGAAACUGCUACAGUUGAUUUGCUACCCUCAUGGAGUAAAUGAUUCAGUUGAGGGAGACAACAUCCAACGGCUUCAUAUUAAGCGUAUCCUACAGAACCUUGACCAGUGGACACUGAGGCAGUCGUGGCUGGAGAUUCAGCUGAUGAUCAAGCAAUGCAUGAAGGAACCUGGCCCCAGCUCAGUGAAUGAGAUGAAUGCACUUCUGGAUAAUAUUGCAAAGGCCACCAUAGAAGUAUUCCAGCAGUCCGCUGAACUAAACAGCAGCCCCAGUAAUCCGGCCAGUGGUCUUUUCAAUGCGAGCUGUGCUGCACAUGUGGACAAUACAAGGCAUAAUGUGAAGUCAGCCUUCCUCAGCUCUUCUGAACGUAGGGGUGUCUGGCUUGUGGCACCUCUGAUUGCUAAAUUACCUACCUCAGUCCAAGGCAGAGUGCUAAAGGCAGCAGGGGAAGAACUGGAGAAGGGACAGCACCUGGGGUCAUCCUCAAAGAAAGAAAGAGAUAGACAAAAGCAAAAAAGCAUGUCUUUGCUAAGUCAGCACCCAUUCCUUUCCUUGGUGCUAACCUGUUUGAAAGGACAAGAUGAGCAGAGAGAAGGACUCCUGACAUCUCUACAAAACCAAGUAAAUCAGAUUCUAAGUAAUUGGAGGGAAGAGAAAUACCACGAUGAUGUGAGAGCCCGGCAGAUGAUGCACGAAGCCCUUCAGCUACGGCUCAAUUUGGUUGGGGGGAUGUUUGACACAGUGCAGAGAAGCACACAAUGGACUGCAGACUGGGCUGUUCUGCUCCUUCAGAUUAUUACAUCCGGGACAGUUGACAUGCAAACAAACAAUGAAUUAUUCACGACUGUUCUUGAUAUGCUGGGUGUCCUUAUAAAUGGAACCCUCGCCUCUGAUCUCUCCAGCGUCUGUCAAGGAAGUUCAGAGGAGAAUAAAAGGGCUUAUAUGAACCUGGUGAAAAAGCUUAAGAAAGAAAUUGGUGAUAAACGAUCGGAGAGCAUCGAUAAAGUCCGCCAACUUUUACCAUUGCCAAAACAGACCUGUGAUGUCAUUACCUGUGAGCCCAUGGGAUCCCUCAUUGACACAAAGGGCAACAAAAUCGCUGGAUUUGACUCUAUUGACAAGAAACAAGGCCUUCAGGUUUCAAAUAAACAGAAGGUAUCUCCUUGGGACCUUUUUGAUGGUCACAAAAACCCAGCUCCUCUCUCCUGGGCUUGGUUUGGAACCGUUCGUGUGGAUAGAAAAUCAAUAAAAUAUGAAGAGCAGCAUCACCUUCUUCUCUAUCACACUCAUCCAAAGCCCAAACCUCCAAGUUACUACCUGGAACCAUUGCUACUUCCUCCAGAAGAAGAAGAUGAGGAAGAUGAACCUUCGACCCCAGUGUCUGCAGGCCUAGAGGGGAAGACAACAGACUUUUCUGAUCCUGGGAAAUCAAUAAAUGAUGAAGAAAAGAAAUCCAAAAGCAGAAAGCGCAAGAGCAAGGCCAACCCUCGAACAGAUGAAUAUCCUCAAAAUACUGUAUGUCGAGCCCCACCAAAUUUUUCACCCCUGUCAUCUCAAAUGUUACAUCAGACUCCAGUUAGUACAUGGAGUUACAAUGUUGCAGGGCAGCAACAGGCGAACUUCUACUUGCAGAAUCCAUCCUUCAUAUCCGCUGGCUGCAGAUUGGAUCCUGCGGGUCCGUUUCUUCCUACAAACACAAAGCAAGCCCUGUCAAACAUGUUACAAAGACGGUCGGGCACAGUCAUGCAGCCUCCCUCCAUGCAUGUGAUCGGCUCUCAACAGCAGCUAUUACAGAUAAAACUAUUACAACAGCAGCAGCAGCAACAACGACUCCUUCGGCAGCAUGUACAAGCAAGAACACUUCAGCAGGGUCAAACAAUGGAACAGGCUGCUCUAUUUUCUCAACAAAUACGACCUUCCCAAGCAUACCCAGGCAUUCAGCAAGCGCAGCCAGUUCCACAGGGGUACACAAUGUACAGUACUCAGGAGCCAGUUCAGCAGCACCAUGGUGGAGGUGAACUACUUACUCCCAGUUAUAACUCGCGGGCAACCACCGCAGCUUCUCCUAGUUCCGCUCUGAUGGAAAGGCUGCGACAGAUUCAUCAACAGCCCUCUGGAUAUGUGCAGCAAGGAGCUUCCUUCAUACAACCAAUGGCAAGUAAUCAAAGGUUUCCUCAUCAGCCGUUGCAGCAGAGCCCUUUGAUCGGCGGAGGCCUGGAACCAGUAGCGGCACAAGUUUUACAUUCAAAUCUUAGUUCUGUGCAGCAGAACCAGGAGCAGUUGAGACAGAGACAGCAGCAAAUUUGCCAACAGAGACUUGUACAGCUACAACAACAGCAAAGUCAGCAAGCCAUGGGCCUUCAAGCAGUGCAACCGCAGCAGCCACUGUUCCCAAGGCAAGGUUUACAGCAGACUCAACAACAGCAGCAAACUGCAGCCUUAGUCAGGCAACUACAGAAGCAGCUUUCAAUAAUUUCAACGAUUGGAAAGUUAGAGGAAAAGUGA